GAACACACUAGCCAUGUAUCAAUUUAACUUUGUUCUUAGUAGUUCAUUAUCUUGUCCUUGUGAUAUGGAGCAGUGUCUCAGUCAUUUUCAUCAUGGAAAACAGUUCUUUCGAAUAUUAUCUGCUGCUGGUAAAAAAUCAGUGGGGGCGCUAUAUUGGCGGUUUCAGUGACUCAUCUGAAGUAUUCAUGCCCGUCGAAAGUGCAAAACCCAGAAGAACAUAAA